UCCUAAAUGAUUUCCCUGUCGAGAUUGAUACUGCCGAUCCCAAUGUUGAGUCUUCGGCAACGCCACGUUUCUUGUUGUCAUGUUUAUAACAGCUGAUUCCAAACUAAAAAUAUAUACAUGUUGUUAACCUAUUCCUGUCGGCUUAAAUUCGGAUCGAGCAUAGCAGUCGGGGCUGACAGCGCCGGGAGGGAUGGCACUGCGUUGGACGCUACCCGGGUGUGUGUCGUCCUCGACGGUCCAUUAAAUUAAGAUUAAAUUAAUUAGCCGAUACUAGGAUCGGUGUUGAUAUUUAUUCAGGGAGACUCAAACUGCGCUGGCGCGGAAUGGAAAAACGCGUUUGGUUUGAAGACCUCUGAUCCUAUUGGCUCUUCAGCCUGGCAGGUGACAGUCAGCUGACAUCCUGACAAAGGAGAGACCAGAGUGAGGCGAGGCGAGGAGAGUUUCCACUUGCGCAGCUUCCCCACAGCGCAAUAAGCGACAUGUCAAGCGACAGUCCCGAGCGAGAAGGCUCAGGCCAGGUUCCGACACACCUCGACUGCCCUUCGUCCCCUCCCGCUUUGGAUCCCGAUCCCCUGUCGACGGGAAGUCCGGUCCUCAGCCCAGACUCCUCGUCCCAUGAUGCCGCGCUGUCAGCGCCCGCAGUUUCCCCGGCGGACUCGGAGAACCUCAGUCCAGAUGAACUGGAGCUGCUGGCCAAACUGGAGGAACAGAACAGAUUACUGGAGGCCGACUCCAAGUCCCUGCGCUCCAUGACGGGGUCGCGACGCAACAGCGGCUCUUCGCUGGUUUCGAGUUCCUCGGCUUCCUCCAAUCUGUCCCACCUGGAGGAGGACACCUGGAUCCUCUGGGGCCGCAUCGUCAACGAAUGGGAGGAAUGGAGACGCAAGAAGGACAAGCUUCUCAAGGAGUUAAUCCGGAAGGGCAUUCCUCAUCACUUCCGGGCCAUCGUGUGGCAGCUGCUGGGCAAUGCCACGGACAUGCCGGUGAAGAAUCAGUACUCGGAACUGCUGAAGAUGUCAUCCCCGUGCGAGAAGCUGAUCCGCAGAGACAUCGCUCGUACCUACCCCGAGCAUGAGUUCUUUAAAGGUCAAGACAGCCUGGGCCAGGAAGUCCUCUUUAAUGUCAUGAAGGCUUACUCUCUUGUGGAUCGGGAGGUUGGUUAUUGCCAAGGUAGUGCGUUCAUUGUUGGCCUGCUACUCAUGCAGAUGCCCGAAGAAGAAGCUUUUUGCGUGUUUGUGCGUCUGAUGCAGGAGUACCGUCUGCGAGAGCUCUUCAAACCCAGCAUGGCCGAAUUGGGACUUUGCAUCUACCAGUUUGAGUAUCUUCUACAGGAACAACUUCCAGAUCUUAACGUCCAUUUCCGGUCCCAGAGUUUUCAUACAUCCAUGUACGCCUCAUCUUGGUUCCUCACGCUGUUCCUCACCUUUCUCCCUUUGCCCGUCGCCACGCGCAUAUUUGAUAUUUUUAUGUACGAGGGCCUGGAGAUCAUCUUCCGUGUGGGCAUGGCCAUUCUGCAGUACAACCAGACGGACCUCAUUCAGCUGGACAUGGAGGGCAUGUCACAGCAUUUUCAGAAGGUGAUCCCUCACCAGUUUGACAGCUGCCCAGACAAGCUGAUCCUCAGGGCAUACCAGAUCAAAUACAACACUAAGAGAAUGAAGAAGUUGGAGAAAGAAUAUACCACCAUCAAGAACAAAGAAAUGGAAGAGCAAAUUGAGAUUAAGAGGCUGCGCACUGAAAAUCGACUACUAAAACAGCGGAUUGAAACCCUAGAGAAGGAGAGUGCCGCUCUGGCAGAUAGACUCAUCCAGGGUCAGGUGACCAGGGCGCAGGAAGCGGAGGAAAACUAUGUGAUCAAACGUGAGCUCGCCGUAGUGAGGCAGCAGUGCAACGUAGCUAGCGAGGGUCUCGAGAAGGCGCAGGACACCAUACGAGAGCUGCAGCAACAAAAGUACACGGAGCAGUUUGUGAGCAGUCUGCAGACAGAGCUGGAGCAGUCCAAGCUGCGCGAGGCCGAGCUGCUGGGAGCCAUGAAGGAACUACAAGACAAGGUGCUUGAUCUGGAGAAGAAGAGCAGCUGUUUGCCUGAUGAAAACAACGUGGCAGCUCUGCAGGAGGAGGUGAAGCAAAUGAAGCUAAGGGAGCUGGAGACACUCCGAUCAUUCCGAGAGAUGCAGGACUCGGUCACUGAGCUCAACCAGCGCUGGCAGCAGCAUCACAUGUCCCGCAGCGGCAGCACAGGCGGCGGCGGCAGCCACUGGAAGGAAUCGCCAAAGAAGAACGCCAUGAAUGAGUUGCAAGAUAAGCUGAUGACUGUCCGUCUAAGAGAGGCGCAAGCCCAGGCUGAGCUACGAGAGGUCAAACUGAAGGCUGUGCAGCUAGAGAGCCAGAAUACCAUCCAUAGUAAAUUGAUUGGACGCCAUGAGCAGGAGCGGUCCGCCCUCCAGGAUCGUCUCCAGAUGUCAUCCAAUCAGAACAAAGCUCUUCAGGCCCAGCUCAACGAAAUAAAACGGAAGCAGGCCGAAUGGGACUGCAAGAGCAAAGAGGAGGUGAUGGCCGUACGACUGAGAGAAGCCGACAGUAUGGCCGCCAUGGCCGAGCUCAGGCAGAAGAUAGCCGACCUCGAAAUACAGAAAGAGGAAGGGCUGAUCCAGGGCCAGCUCAACCACUCCGACUCUAGGCAGUACAUCAACCGGCUUCGGGACCAGAUCACUGAGCUCAAAAAUGAGAUCAGGCUACUCCGAGGUCAGAAGGCUCGGACUCCGGGUUCCAGGCUCACCGCCAUGGGUGCCGACUACCAGGAUCUGUGUCUGACCAGCCCCGCCUCAGCUGAGGGCGACUACCUGAGUUCUGACGAGGACAUCCUCCAUAGCCCGCUGCCUCCAAACGCCCUUUACCCGGCCAUACCGGGCCCGUGUCACCCCUCGGCCCGGCUGGACAGCGAAGGCAGCACGGACAGCGAGGCGGAAGAGCGGACACACCCGGACCCCCCGCAGCUGUUCGGUAGUAUGAUGUGUGCAGAGGCCAUGGAGAACUGAAUGAGCGCUGGUUGGUUACUAUGGCAACGCUGAUGGACAGUAUCUCACCGGAGUGAGUGCAUCCCUCCUACUUUAUCCUUUCACAGAACGGCAGGUUCGACUUAUUUUGAAGGAAGAGUAAAUUCAAAGUGUUCUAUAAGCGAUCCACUAAUUACUUUGUGCACUACAAGUUUCAGUCUCGUCCUAUAAUCUUUUUCAGAAGUUUGAGCGAUACACUUCUUUUGUGAGAUAUUGUACCUGUGUGAGGCCUUGCACAUAAAAAAAAAAAAAAAAAGUCCUCUACUCCAGUACAUAUCCCAAACAGACUGACAUGGACCUGCAAAACCACUGCUCUGAAAUUAAUUGAUGAUGUGAGAUGUGCCAGCAGCCUAUAUCCAUUUUGAGUUAGAAUGUCGGAAAACACCUUUUUGGCUGACCGUUGUUCGCUGGCUUCAUCGAAAGAGGCCCAAAUAACGUCCAUGCACUCAUCCCUACCAUUUCAACAUCCUCAACAUGCACUGGAUGUUCUAAGUGCAAAGGGGAAAAAAAUAGGAGGAAAUUCAACAUUGCCAAAUUGUUUUUCUUUUUGUAUUUUAAAGUAUAUAAGUAAAAGUAACUUAUAUGUUAUGUAAUUUAUUUUGAUAUGAUUUUUACUAUCAAAUACCGUAUGUCUGAGGGUGCCGGCAGAUGUCCCUCCCUCCUUCCUUCCUGUAUGAGCGUGUGCCAACCUCGUGCCACCACGAUUGUUGCCUGUCUUUGUGCCGUGACGCAAGGUGAGAUGCUCCAUGAGCUGCUAUCAUGUUUUAUUUCCGAAUGAUGAGGAUGUCACCCGCCCGUCGUAAAAUCUGUCUCAUUGUUCGUUUGCUGCAACUAGCUACAUUAUGUGAUAACGGACAUUAGCAUGUUUUACAUAUCAAAUUAAAUAUCAAAACAACCCUUUGGUAUGUCGCUAAGAUUUAAAACGUGCCGCUUUUUUGAGUCAAGACCCAAAAGAAACAUAUGUUUGGAUUUUUCAGCACUGAUUUGACAUGAUUGAUUCAUUCGGGGGGGGGUUCUUUCGCGUGAUCAUCCGUCCACGAAAAAAGUGGAACUGGAGUUUUGUGUCUGGACAUCAAAAGGGUUAAAGAGGAGGUAUUGCCAAGUGCACUGUUGCAAGUAACCACCUUGGAUGUCACAAGGCCUCUUUCUCUAACCUGGAAUCUGUGAUGUUGCAAAACUUCCUUCUCUUUCUUAAGCUUAACCAGACUGAGAUUUUUGCCCUAUUGGUUGUGGGCAAACGCUGAAAAGAAAAGUCUCUAAUUAUAUCUACAACUGACAAUUUGUUUCAACUCAAUACUGGGUGAUAAUUGCUUUAUCAAUACAACCAAUUAGACAACUGCCAUCCAUGGGUCUCCCUAUAUUGAUCGUGUAUCAGUCACGUGCCAUACUCUUCACACCUUGUCGCAUUUGAACCUUAUCCAGCAAAACUUUGGUGAUUAAGGCAACAAUCUGACGGCGGCACAUGGAGUGUCAAACAUUUUUGUCACCUUAUUCCCUUGCCCUGUUGCAUUUGAGCUAAUGUGCUUGUCGCAGACAUUUAAUACAGCUAAAGCUUCUAUAAAGUCUAGUACAAUGAAAGACAUGUCAUGUCCUGUAUCACAAGGACAAUACUAAAUAAAACUUUGAAAUUGCAAUUUUUGCCAA